CCCCUUAACGGGCGGGGCGGGGGGCGGUGCUGCCUCCGCCUCCGCGGCACUCCGGGACUGGCGGAGUGCGGCCGGUCCGGCCCGCGGCUCCGGCAGAGCGAGAGCCGCCUCCGCCCCGGCCCAGCUCAGCCCGAAGCCGCCCUGCCAGACAGUGCCUGCACCCGGUCAAAUGUUUCCAUCGGUCGUGAAGAAGAGUGGAGUCGGGACCUGCUAAGUGCUGACCUGCUCGUGCUCUGGACCAUGGACUCAUUGAGGGCAUCCCAGGUGUGAAAAUGUCCAGCAGUAACCGGGAGUUAGUGAUUGACUUUGUUUCCUACAAGCUCUCGCAGAAAGGAUACAGCUGGAGUCAGCUGGAGGAGGAGGAUGAGAACAGGACUGACUUGGCAGUGGAGGAGACCGAGAUGGACGGCGUCCUCAACGGGAGCCCUUCCUGGCACCCGCCCACCAGUCACGUAGUGAACGGAGCCACCGUGCACCGGAGCAGUCUCGAAGUCCAUGAAAUCGUUCAAACAGCCGAUGUGAGGCAGGCGCUGAGAGAGGCAGGGGAUGAGUUUGAGUUGAGGUACCGGCGGGCUUUUAGCGACCUCACUUCCCAGCUCCACAUCACCCUUGGCACAGCGUAUCAGAGCUUUGAGCAGGUAGUGAAUGAACUCUUCCGUGAUGGAGUGAACUGGGGUCGCAUUGUGGCUUUCUUCUCCUUCGGAGGAGCCUUGUGUGUGGAGAGCGUUGACAAGGAGAUGCGGGUAUUGGUGGGACGCAUUGUAUCUUGGAUGACCACGUACUUGACCGACCACCUAGAUCCCUGGAUCCAGGAGAAUGGCGGAUGGGGAUUCACGAAAUCCAGAUCGUGCUGCGAUGGUCAGGACAUGGGAGUGUUUGUCUUGCCAGGAUGCAGCAGUGGGAAGAAGGAGGAGCGGUUUGUGGACCUCUACGGGAACGAUGCUGCUGCCGAGGUGAGGAAGGGCCAGGAGACCUUCAACAAAUGGCUCCUGACUGGGGCGACGGUGGCAGGAGUGCUUCUGCUGGGAUCCCUGCUGAGCCGCAAGUGACCCACCGCCGAGUUCCCCCCAUCGCCAGGACAGCUGCGCCUUCACCGCCACAUCCACUACACUCUGCUCCCGAGCACCGUGACCGGCGCGGGGGGCAGCCCUUCCACCUCCUGGGCAAGCGCCCAGCUCCACGGAGCUUUCUCCCUCGUGCCGCCAGCUCCUUUUAUUGUAGCCCCUAUUAUUUACUGUUCCGUUGUGUUUUAAAGGCGCUGAGACCAAUGCAGCACUUCAGCCAACAGCUCCCAGCACUGGGGAGAUCCAGGCAGACGGGGGGGCAGUACUGGCUAGAAGGUGUCCCAGCCCUGCAGGGUCCUCUAGAUCACUUCAAAGAGAAUAAACAGACUUAUUUUUGCAUGUGUGAGUGCGUGCGUGUGUGUAGAUGUGUCACUAAUAUAAGGUUCCCCAGCCAGAGCAAGGGUGGAGGUUCUGUGCCCCCAUCUCCGGCAUGCUCAGGUCCCAGGAAGAGGCAGGCUGCCGAACAGGACAGAGCUUCCCUGCAGCAUCCCUAUCUCGUCACUGCUUCCUCCAGGCAGAGCUUGUCCCUGUGGAGGGCAAGGGCAAAGAGCUCUGCCCUCGCGUCAGCCCCAGAGCCCCUUUCUCCCUGGACAUCAGCUGCUGGGAGCUGAGGCCAGUCUCGGGUGAGGAUGGUGUGUCAGGCCCAGGGCUGUGCCCGGUUUGAAGGGAUCCGCCUCCUCUUCCUCCCUCUGAAUGUAGAUUGCUGUGGGGCAGUGUGCAUACCUCCCCAUUCCUGCUCCUCUGGGCUGGCAAAGGAGGGAGGCAGGUGAGUGGGGAGAGCACUUUCCCCGAGCCCAACCCUGGCACAAGGGACUCUGCAGAGAGCUGGGGCCAUGGCAUUCAGCAAGUGCGGGAAUACAGAGCUGGGGGCAGGAGGGGGAGUGAUGCUCCUGCCCUUCAUGAGGAUGGCAGCAGGGGAAGGCAGAGCCCUGGGAGCAGCCCCACAGCGGCUGAUACAUGGGACCGGUGGGGGAGUGAGCCCAGGGGAGGUGGGAGUGAGGGCUGACACCAGCUGAGAGCCGUCCCUGCAGCCGGGGAGCCUCUGACUUCUGUACUGCUGGUCCCCAUAGCACAGGCAGAUCGAUCCCUGUCCCCGUGGCAUGGCUGUGACGGGUGUGUGCAGUAGCAGAAGUGCCUGGCUCUCCCCCCCGCCCCCCCCCCCCCCCCCCCCGCUGCUUCUGCUGCCGCUGGGGCACUGAACCUCUGGGCUUUGAGCUGAAAUUAGCUUGAAAAAUAACCCAUCAUCCUUCAGAGACCACCACCGGCAGACCCAGCUGUCCACGCGGGCUUGUCUGUGUACAUACCGCCCGUGCUCUGCUGUACAUAUCCGAGUAGUUUUUAAUUCAUUUGUGAAUACUCUUAAUGCUAUUUUUGUUAUCUUGUCUGUCUGUAUUUAUGUGUGGGGCCGUGCUCCCUGCAGGGGCCAAGGUGGGAUGGAGGUGGGGGGACAGGGAGAAACCAGAGGCUCCCGGGGAUCCUGUCUGGCCACUGAGCACGGACUCGCACUCCCCGCAUAGGAUCCUACGUGGGGAGCGCAAGAAUUAGCAUUAGCCCGUCGAACGCUUCGGUUUGCAGGUGGAGGUGAAUCCACUAAUAAACUUGUCAUUGGAGCU